AUGGAACGCAAGAUCGCACAAGUUAGCCUGCAGACGUUCAUCCAGGCGUUCGUACCCGGAGCGGACAUUCCACCCGAUGUCGUCGUGGACACAUUCGACCCCGCUUGCUUUGAGGGUAAAGAGUGGCCCAUGUAUGACGAGUUGUGCAAGGUGGCAAACUCGGUCUUCGACCACGUCCCCGUCAAAGACGGUAUCCCGAGGCUGGUAGCGAAGAACACACAUCGCUGGCCUGACCCUACCGACAAGCCCGACUUUGAGGAGAACACGGACCCUGACGUAACUGUCUAUCCCGAACACGACGACGCGAAGCGCGCAUAUACGAUCGAGGCGUCAGCGCUCAAAGGAAAGUCGGAGCAGGGAAUCAAGCACUGUGCAGAGAAGGAAGCUAGGACAUCGUGGCUAUGGGCAAGCCUCUUUAUCGAAGCGAAGGCUGCCGCCAACGACUCUCCGUUUGUGGUGCCGCCAGCGAUGAAGACUGGUAGGGCCGAGAAGACUGAAGCACGCACGGCAGCUACGCCUGAUGAGGCAGAGCCGGGAUCAUCAGGUCGGGCGACGGCUGAGACCGCCUCAGCAGCGUCGACGACGGUUACUCCUGCUACUCCGGGACCAAGCAACACAGCCGCACCGCCUUUCCUCCGUCAGGACACCACCAGCGGUCAGCAGACAAUGGGGCAGAUGUGUCAGUACGUUUACAAGAUCCUGCGAAGACAGUUCCUGUCCUGCCUGUUCACGGUGUUCACCUGCCGUGACCAUGCAUGGCUACUCUAUUGGGACCGCGCGGGGCUCAUUGUUUCGGAGCCGUUCAACUUCGUGCAACAGCCGCGCCUCUUGCAGAACUUCUUCUAUCGGUUCGCCUGUAUGGACGUUAUUCAGAGAGGCGGCGAUCCGACGGUUACUCGGGCGACCGAGGACGAGGUUGAGCUGAUGCGCAGCCACGACAGGUUCGACUCUGACUGGCACAAGACUCAGUUCAAGGCAACGUUAGCACCAGGCUGGCCGAUCUACAAGGUCUCUGUUCCCGAAGAAGACAUGAUCUCGGCAGAUGAGCUCAAGACGGGCGUGAAAGCGCAGCGGGAUGUUUCUCAGUCGAACAACGGACGCAAGCCCGAGCGGGAGUUCCUCAUCGGGAAGCCGUACUUCAUGAGUGACUCGCCCAUCGGAGGAGGAACGAGGGGAUAUAUCGCGUAUGAUGUCGCUGAACAUCGACCGGUCUUCUUCAAGGAGUAUUGGCGCGUGGACGAGCCGACCUAUCAUCCGGAAGGAGAGGUUUACCUGGGGUUGCAUAAGCACGGGGUGCAGUACAUAGCAACCCCGAUCGCUGCCGGCGACGUUUGCGGUGCGAUCGGCGAAGGUCGUUCUACUCGCGCGCAAGCGUUCCUCAAAGACCCGCCGCCCAAGCUCAUCCAAUAUCGCAUUUUCUUGAAGGAGAUUGGCAAACCGCUGAAAGAAUAUGGGGAUUCUUACGACUUAGUACUCGCCAUGUACUGCUGUUUGACGGCACAUCAAGAAGCCUGGGAAAAGGCCCGUAUCCUGCACCGCGACAUAAGCAGCGGCAAUCUGCUGCUAUGCUGUGUCGUGACCGAAGAUGGCGACAUCACAUGGAUCGGUAUGUUGGUCGACUGGGGCUUGUGCAAGUACGAGGAAGAGUUAGCUAUGCGGAGUGUGCUGAAAACCCGCUCAGGCACAUGGCAGUUUAUCUCUGCUGUCCUACUAGCAUUCCCGGGACAUUUCGUGCACGCAGUGUGGCACGAUCUCGAGUCGUUCAUUCACGUCUUCCAUUGGAUGUGCCUGCGAUUCCACAUCACGAAUUAUUCAAGGUUCAGGAAGCUGUUGCGAGACCACGUCAGCGCAUUCUACGACGCCUCAGAUGUGUCACCCGAUGGUACUUCUGUUGGCGGGCAAGCUAAGCUGACGAUGAUGCGAGCAGGAACGGUACCGUUCAAGCUCGUCGGAGGAUCUGCUGACCGGUCCACGCCUGGUCUGCACCGGCUCUUGGCUGAUCUCGCGGCGCUCUACGGGUCACACUACAAGUGGCUGAAGCCUCAGCUGCCGACGUCGCACCCGCACGUCGCAUGCUCCGUGACGCCCUCCGUCGAGUCUAAGAAGCGCGCAGCACUCAGAAACCGGUUCAUCGCGAUUUCGGCUGAAGAGCUGACCGAGCCCAUGUCAGAAACAGUGGUUGAAGAAGUACCGACGGCAUCUGUUCUCGAGAAUCACCUGCGGAUCAAGACCGUGUUCGCGGCGGCGUUGCUCGGUGAAGCCCAGUGGACAUACGAUGACAAGACCGGGGACAACUUCGCCUAUGUCAGCACAUCCUUGGAUCAAUGGAGCUGGGGGUCAAGGGAGUCUGUCAAGAGGUCUGCGGACAAUUCUGCGGACGACAGAUCGGACAAGCGCAUCAGGAGUAACAUCAGCAGCGUGUCCGUGUCGACCACUCCAUCGUUGGGCUCUUGA